AUGUGCAUGGAAAAAAAAGGUAAGGAAUAUGCAAAAUUGUGUGAAGAAGUUAAAAAAAAGGAAAUAUAUAAUUUAAACAUAUUUUGUCCUAAAAAAGGGGUAUGCUCAAACAUGGAGAAAAAUAAAAAUUGUAUCGAUGGGAAUAAAUUAAUACAAUGCAAAAUUUGUGAAGAGAGUUACAGAUAUGACCUUAUAAGCCCGGCAAUAAAUUCGUGUGUUUAUUGCAGCUGGACUUCAUAUUUGGCAAUUCUUUAUUUUAUGAUAAUUGUGAUAUUUAUAAACAUUUUAAGAGUUAUAUAUAUUAAUAAUUUGGAAAUUACAAGAAUAAUAAAUGCUUUUAUCAAAUAUAUUCAUUAUAUUUCUCUUCUAAGGUCCUUUUUUUUGACAUAUUUAUAUAAUUGUUUUGUAUAUGAAUAUGUUAAUUCAAAUUAUGAUAAUGAGAUCAUAAAUGUUGUUUAUCUUUUUACCGUUGGAAUUCCACUGAACGAAAUAUUGGAUUGUGUAUUUACUAGCGGAACUAAUAGUGAACGAAUAAUACAGAAGAUAAAUUUUUUACUAUGCUGUCCUCUAUUAUUUUCAGUAUUGGCUAUAUUUGGAACAUCAAUUGUUUUUCGAAUUCGACAAAAUAAGAAGGAUUCAAAAAAUAGGGAAAAGUGGUCGAUUAUAAAUCCGUGUGAUUUGCUAGAUACAAAUUUAGUUAAAAAGGAAUCAAGCGAUAUAAGAUGUUCAAAUCCAUUCAAUAUGAAUAUAGAUAAUUGUGAAACGAAUAAUAUAAAUGUAGAAAUGGCGAUAGAUGAAGACAAAAAAUAUGACAUCGAUAAUUUAAAAAAUUGUUUCAUUUUAUUUUUUAUUUUAUAUAAUAAUUUUCUAUAUUUUGAAAUAAUCAGAUUAUGUAUUUUUUUUGGUUUUUGUAAUUAUGACGAAAAUCGAAAGGAAUACUUUUUAAUAAUUGACGAUUCGUUAAAAUGCUCAGAAGUAGGUUAUUAUUGGAAAGUUAUCAUAAUAAUAAUAUUUUGUACAUGUGUAAAAUUUAUGGAUUAUUUUUUAGUUUUAUUUAAAAAUAAUAAAAACAUUUGGAUUGUGAAAGAUAUUUUGUUGUUAUAUCAAAAAAUAGAAAAGCUUAAUAAAGUAGACAAUAUUUUGUUGUUAUUUUUUUUAAUAUUAUUUUAUAAACGUUUUUUAAAUAAUUCAAAUUCAUCCUUAAUAUAUAAUUAUAAAAACGGAUUAUAUAAUGCUAAUAUUCAUAUAUUUCAAUAUAUAUUAAUUAUUAUUCCUUUUUUUAUUUAUAUCUUAAUUAUGUAUUUGUAUGUGUACGAAUUUAAUGAUAGUGUGGGGAAAAAAUAUGAAAACAGAUGUGAUCGUGAAAAAUUAGAUGCAGAAAAAUUGGCUAUUAAAAAUAAUAAAAAACAAUAUGAAAAUAUAAAAUGUAUAAGUAAUAACUUAUAUUCUUGUAAUAACAUAAUCAAUGAUAACGUCAAAAUUGACAAAAAUGAGAAAGAAUCUGGAAAAAACAAUUAUAUUUUUAAUGCGAUCAUACAUGAAGAAGGUAAAAAAGAAGACCCAAAAAAUGAUAACAAAGUUAUAAAUAAUAAUUGGAAUCAAACUGAUAAAUUGAAUAAAACUAAUGAUAUUAGUAUGGUUAAGAUUAAAAUAGUUUUAUCCAAAUUAGUACAAAAAGUAAAAAAUCUUAAUAUGAAUAAAAUUGAAAACAAUGAUAAAAAAUUAGAUCAAUUCUUAUUUUCCUUUUCUCUUUUUUCAUAUGGAGCCAUUUUAUUAUCCUAUUAUCUAUUUUUAUCGUAUGUACAUAUAAACAAAUUUGCUGGUAUUUUAUCUAUUAUAGUAAUAGGAUGUAAUGGAGCAAUAUAUGUUUUCCUUUUUAGUAAGUUUAUAAUUUAUUUUAAAGAUGUCAUUAAAAAAAAAUGUGAAAUGGCAUUAAAUAUAAUUACAAAACAAAUAAGAAGCCUUGGAUUAUUUGGUAUAGGAACUCGUCAAAAGAAUAAAAAUGUCGAUAUGCUCAAAGAUGAUAAAAAAAAUGAUAAUAGUUUAAAAGUAAAAAGGACAAAAAUGGAAGAAGAUAUAAUAUUAAACAAAGAAAAUAAAAAUAUAAAACCAAUAAAUAAUAUUAUAAAGAAAAAUUGGGGUUAUAAUUAUGGUAAACAAAAUUUUAAAGGGAUUAACAGUUUUGUAGAAAAUAAUCAUAAAAAUAUAAAACAUAAAGUUAAAAGAUAUAAAUUAUUAAAUAUUUCAAAGACUUGGAUAAAUUUUUUAUAUAAUAUAAUCGAUUUAUCCAAUGAACCUGAGAUUUGUUUAGCCAUGCUAAUUUGUUUAACUUUACAAAAUGAUUUCCUUAAUAUGAAUUUAGACAGGUGUUUAGAGGUACUAGAAAACAAUAAGUUUUGCAAAAUAAGCAAUUUAAAGUUAGUAUUGAAAAAUUUUAUUAAAUAUAGAAAUAAAUUUUUAAAAAUAUUAUCAGAGAAUAGUAAUACAAGUAUUAGGUUUAAUAAUUGUAAAAUGGAUACGAAAUUUGAUGAAAUCAAAAGUAGUAAUAAUGCGAAUGACAAUAUAAUAUGUGAAUAUUAUGAGAGCUUAAUUGUUUUCUCAUGGGGGAUGAGUAUUUUAUGCUAUUGUAAUUUAAAAGACAUAAAUUAUAAUUUAUCAAAUAUUUUAUUAUAUGUAUCAAAUAUAUUAAAUACAUGCAAGUAUUUUAAAAAUAUUGUAGACAUAUAUUUUGGUGCUUAUUAUAAUUAUGAUUUUUCACAUGGCAAUAAAAACUCAAUUGAAGACAAUUUAAAAUGGAAUUUAUAUCCCUAUGAUAACUUGGAUUUUAAUAAUGAUUAUAAUUAUAUAGACCAUAAUUCAAAUUUAAAUAUUAUGGAUAAAGAAUAUAAUAAUGUUCAAGUUUAUUCAAAAGAUUUUCACGAACCGAUUUAUAAUGAUAUAUGUGGGAGUGCUUAUAGCGUAGGCAAGGAAAUGAAAUUUACUAAAAAUAAUAGAAUGUUAACACUAGUCGAUAGAAGAUGUGAUUCCAUAAACUACACGACUAAAGGGGAUUAUAAUAAUAAAGAACCCAUUUCAGGCUUAUUAAUAAACAGGAAUAUGAACAAUUGGGAAUUUAAUGAACAAAAUGAAGUAACGAAAAGAAAAUGGCUAGUAGACAUUUAUAAUAUGUACAUUUCGGAGUUGUGUAGGAUUUACAUUCAUUGUUUAUUAGUAGACAUAGGGGAACUAUAUUUUAAUAUACAUUAUAAUUGUACAUGUGAAAAAUAUAUAUGCAACAACCUAUUAAAUUUAUGGGGAUAUAAUAUAAGUAAUAAUUUAUAUAUGAAAAGAUAUUUUGAGCAUAUAGAAAAAUUUAAUAAGAAUAAUAUCAUGGAUAUAUUAUUAUAUAAUAAAGACAUAACCCUUAAUAUUGAUACCAAUUUUGUUUUAAAUAUAUCAGAUUAUAUAAACAAAAAUGUAAUAAAUAUUGAUUUUUAUAAUAUAUUUAAAAAAAUAGACAAAAGACAUAGGGCUAAGAUAAAAAAUUUAAUAAAGGAAGGAGAUUAUUUGAAUUAUAAUAGUUUAGUUGAGUUUUCAAAAAUAUACACAGAUUAUGAAGAAAUCGAAAAAAUGAAAAACAUAGAAGUAGAUAAUGAAAUAAAGAAAGAUUUUUUCAAAGUUUUUAGUAAUGCACUUCCAGUUUUCAUAGAAAAGGGUAAUUAUGAGUAUUUAGAUAUGAAUGAAAUAAACAAAAUUGAAGAAAGAAAAAAAAUCAUAAUUUUAUAUAAAAAUAUGGGAGAAAAAUAUAUAGAGGAAUAUAUUUUAAAGAAUUAUGAGGGCGAUAAAAUAAAUUAUCUUCAAAUGGACAAUUACGGAGCUGUUAUUUCUAUUUGCGGAAGUUUUUUAAAAAAUUUAUUGAAAGUAGAAGAAAACAAACCCAGAAGAAUUGGGGGUAAUGUAGAUGAGGGAAUGCUUAAAAAAGAGACGAUUAAAAGAGAAAAAGAUGUAGUAAAUAAUAAUACUAUAGAAAAUGAUAUGUUGAGUAAAAUACAUUUGAAGAUGAUAAACAAAAAUGAAUACAACUACACAAAUUGUGAAUUUUUAGAAAAUAAAAAGAUUGGUAUAUUUUCUCACAAUAAUUAUGAAUGCAAUGAAGGAGUUACUGGGGACUUGAAAGGAGUAGACUUAAGGAAUGGGAACUCAAUAAUUGGGAUAUCUCCUUCUGUAGUUUUGCCAAAUUCAUUUACAAUAGAACUGUGGUUAUAUUUUAACCCUAAAAAAAAAGAUAAUAAUAGUUUAAAAAGUUUUAUUAUUUGUGAUAAGAAUGGGAACUCUAUAUUUGUAAUAGACAGAAAGAAUGAUAAAAUCGAAAGCAUCGGUAUAUUUUCAAAUGAAAUAAACUUUUUAAGUGAAAAUUAUAAAAGACGGUAUUAUAUUUGUAAUGAGAAUAAGAAAUGUGGGAAAAAAGAAAAAACAAAUUUGGUUGUUAACAAAAAGGUAUAUAACGGUAUUUAUAUCCAAAGUAGAAAAUUGAAAAAAUGGAAAAAAAUUAAUAAAAUUGUAAAAAUAAAUAAAUGGAAUUUAUUAAACGUAACCAAAUGUGCAACUGGAUUAGUUUACUAUAUUAAUGGAAAAUAUUUAAGCAACAUUUCUCAUGAAAUAUUAAAUUUAGAGAAAUCAUUUGAAAUAUGCACAUUUGGUAAUUCUUGUUUCGGAAAUAAUAAUAUCGGAUUAUUUUCGUCUUUUAAAAUAUUCGAAUUUCUAAACAACGAAGAAAUAAAAAAAAGGUAUAAAUUGAUCAAGUGUGUGAAAAAUAAAGAAAUGAUAGGGGAUAAUAUUAAUAUGGAAAAAAAUAAUAAUGUUAUAGAAGGAAUAAAUAUUAAAAUGAAUUAUAUGAAAGGAAACGAGGAAGAACAUUUUAUAUAUUUUAUACAGUCUCAAAAAAACAAGUAUAGAGUUGUACCUACUAUAAAUGAUCCGAAAUAUAGGGUAAAAAUAUAUCAACUAAAAUUUGUUACUAUAAAAAAUGAAUGCAACAAAAAGGAGGAAAAUAGGGAUAAAGAAAAUAGGCGCAUGAAAUCCCAUUUCAAAAUUAUUAAUAUAGACAAUAUAGAUGAAUAUGGAUUUAAUUUUUAUUAUAAAAAGAUAGGUAAAAAAUUGGAUGGUGUUCCUAAAAUAUACGGCAUAAAUAUAUUUUCUGACUAUUUAAUAUUUGGUUGCGAUUUAUCACAAUUUUAUACAAUUGUUUUAUAUCCAUCUUUAUGUAUAUAUAAUGAGCUUGUUAAACCUUGUGGAUAUACUAUAUCUGGAUGGGUUUUUUUUCCAGUUGAAAAAAGUAUUUCCUUUUUAUCCUUGAUUAGUGGUGCAAAUGAUGUUCACGUGUGUGUAUUCAGUGAUGAUAUGAUCCUAGGAUCAAUUGAAAAUUAUGUUGGAUCCAAUGAAAAUAAUGAAAGGUGCGUGGUAUAUCAUUCUUCUGGGUUCAGUAUUAAAAACAUUAAAAAGGGAUGGUAUUAUUUGAGUGUUGUAGGGACCUUAAAUGGGCAAUUUUAUUUUAUAAAUGGAUGUUUUAAAGGAUAUCAUAAAUUUUGUUCUUUUGAUAAUAUAAAAUAUAUAGGUAACACUAGUUUAUUUAUUAAUCCGUUUCAUUAUAUAUGUUUCAUAAAGAUUGUAGGACGUGUUCUUUUCGUAAAUGAAAUAUUACAUGAAUAUAGCAUUGCGUCGGGAUAUAAUAAUUUUACAUACCUGUAUUAUUAUUAUUAUUUAUUUCCAUUUUUCUCAAAUAAAGAGAAAAAUUAUGAUGGAUCAUUUGUUUCAGGAAAUAGUUUAACUGAUAAACUACAUACUAAAACAGAUGUCAUAUCAAGUGAUGAUACAAAUUCAUUGUAUUGUUACAAUAAAGAAAAAUAUGUAUAUUUUUAUAUUACAAAAAAUUACAAUGUUUAUAUUUACCCUUUAGAAGAAUCUAAAAACUAUUAUUUCACUUUGUCUCUUGUAUCUAUGAUAAAUAAAAAAUUGUAUAUUUUUAAUAGUAUAAAUGAUCAAAUUAAUAAUUUAAAUAUAUAUUUUGAUAAUUAUAUAGCAUUACCUGAACAAUGGACAAUUUUUACACUUAUUAAUAUUCCCCAUAUAAAUAAGUCAAAUUACCAUUGUUUAGUAGGGGGGAUAAAUGGAAGAUCUCAUAUUGCUAUUGAUAAUGAUGAUAUGUCAUUAGGCGUUUUGGAAAAUGAAGUUUAUGAACAAACCGAAAAACAUAAUAAUAUUAAGGGCGGUGAUGAUGGCAACUUCACUCAGAUUCGAUAUAAAGAAAUGUAUCAAAAAUUUUACAGUUGCGGAUAUAAAAUUGAAAAUCCAUUAAACAAAAAUAUAUUACUAACAACUAGAUGCAUAAAUAAUCAACAGACAUUUUUUAUAAACAAUGUUAACGUAGGAACAUGUCGAUCAUGCCGCAGUCCUAUAACAUGUUUUGGAAAUUGUUUAUCAAGAAAUAAUGAAUACUCUGCUCCUUUUGGUAUUUACAAAUUUAUUAAAAUAGUUUUCGAGUAUAUUAAUGAUGACAAAAUUAAGGAAUUCUAUGCCAAUUAUAAUUUGUAA